GAACUUCCGCUGGUCUCACUAUAUAAAUGCUGGAGAUAAAUGCAAAAUUAACACAAAAGUACCUGGACCAGGGACCUGUGCAAAAUGCGUACCGCUACAACUGUUAUUUUCCUCGCUGUCACUCUUGUGGUGAUCUGCACUAACACUUCAGCUGAACCGGAACCCAAGAAAAUUUUGGAGGAAAAAAAGGCAGUUUCUGCUGGAAACUUCAAAAAUAUCAAAAACAGUGGCAAUGUUGAGGGCAAGACCAAGUCAACUCCUGGAAUCAAUUCAAAGCUAGGAGGCAAAGCGAAAAAGGUUAGAAGGGUCGGUGCUAGAAAUCCCAACAUCAGCACCACCAGAACCACCAGCACCACUACUCCCGCAUCUGUUCCUGUUGAUGGGGCCGAGAAGCCUAUUGACAGCAAACCACCUGUCGAACAGCCAGCACCAGCUAAAUAAACGCUGUAUUGCAACAUUUGAGUACUAACCAUAAAUAGUACCAUUUGGAAAUCAUUUAAUUUUUUUUAUUUCAUUCUUCAUUACAUUUUUUAAAGAAUUGUUGUAAGGAAAUAUUUCUGCCAAAAAAUAGCAAUGUUA